UUUUGAUUAAAAUUUUCGAAAUGACAUUACUCACUUCUACAGCGUUAACUCCCGUCAGCAAUUAUCAUUCAAAUUCAUUUAUUUUUUAAAGCUUUAAAGAACAAUAACAACCCCCACAUAUAUAACUCCACAAAAAAAUUUUCACAAAAAAGACAAACGCAAAUAUAAACAUAUAUAAAGAUUUUAACAAAAUUUGCAUUUCUUGCCCCUUGAAAGACGGUCUCCACUGGAUCGGUGCUUGGGACAACGAUGUGCGAAAAAUUGAGCGUUUCCUCCAAAAGUUCCAGCAUUUCGAAAACCAUCCCCACGCCCCGGACGGUGCCGUUGAUGGUCUCGGUUCCACUCAGUGGCAUGUCCUUAGAAAAAGUGAUGGAAAUUUCUUAAUUUUAAUUAUUUUCUCACCUCAAUUGUCGUCACUUUGAGAAUUUUUCCUGAAAGUGAAUCGCCAAUUUCCUCCAUCUUUCCGAUCAAAUGCGUACAUGGAGAAAAGUCUAUAUCGCAUAGGCGAAGGCCAAACAUGUUGCGCCGGCGCUUUUCUUAUAUUAUACAAUAUUCGACUUUUCGUUCAAUCGCUUCAUUAGUAUUCAUUUUGUAUAAGUCUCGAAGAGUGAGCUGAUUGACCGGAACUAAUGACAAAACGCGCCACUAAUGGACUAUGUCAAAGGAGCUUUCAUCUUCACUCAACAUCUCAGCCCAUCGCAGUGAUUAACGAUUCUCAACAAUAAUAAAUAGCAUUCAAAAUCUGAAACGAAAAUAAAAAUAACUUGUAUUCAAAAUGACAACAAAUCUUAAUUUUUGUCCAAUUAUUUUUAGAAAUUAGAAAUAAAUAUUUUUAGGCCUUAGAAUUUGACGUGAGAAUAUAACAAGUCACCUUUUGCGCGCACUUUGUUAUUAUGACACGCCUCAUGUUUGACAAGAAAAUGUCAUGGUGAUUGUGCGGCAUUAGUCAAGAGAGUAAACACAAUAAGCGCAACAAAGUGCUCACAGACCACGCAAAUCGCUCGUUUUUCCUCCAAUAUUCAAAUAAUUGACCAAAAUAUAAGCAAUUUUUAAUCAGCAACAUUUAUUGAUACUUAAAUAUAAAUAAUUUUAAACUUUGGUCGCGCAUAAGGGAAGCAAAAAAAAUUUAAUUGGGCAAACAGAUUUGAAUCAUCUCUCGCUAACCAAGUGCAUGUGGAUUCCAUUAUACUCUGCUUGGUGUUUUGCGCAGUAAACGCACGUGGUUCCUAAUUACGCGGCUAUUUUCGUGGACAGCGUCAUGCCGGCCGCAAACAAAUAAAACAUUGCACUCUCUCUUUUAAAAAGAGUAAUUGACGGCCUACAAGAUUUUGUAUGGUUGGCGUCACAUUUUUAUAAAGGGCGGUGCAUCUCGCCCGAGGGCUUCGAAAUGUUCGACGCUCUGGAGGCCGAGGCGCUCAACCAGGCUGACCCCAACGUUCCCAUCAUGCCCGUCGAGGUGCCCCCGCCCCCGCAAUUUUCGGCAGUCAUCGGCUUUGAUAUGGAUGCUCUCAUGGAACAAAUUGAGGAUGGCACUGAUUUUAAUGAAGUGAAAACCAUUUCGCUCAAAACCUUGGUGCAAGACACGAGUUUGCAAAGGCUAGGAUUCCUCAUGCCCAACCUUCAGCAGUUAAUUCUGAGUGGCAGCUACCUUUUGUCCCUGCGAGAGUUGGGGACCGGGAUGAACCACCUGACCGAACUCAGGGUGGACAACUGCUCCCUUCGCUCCCUGGACGGCCUGAGCGCCCUGGCCAGUCUGCAGGAGCUGCACGCGCCGCACAACCCUGUCGCUGACAUUUGGUCUUGCUCCGUCCUCCCGGAGUUGAAAAUUCUCAACUUGAGCUACACGCAAGUGACGAAUCCGAGUCAGGCCGGCUUUCUCGCGCCUUGCCGCUCUUUGCAGGCCCUCAGUUUGUUCGGCAGCCCAGCAGCAGGGCGGUCCAACUACAGGUCAGAAAUCGCUAGGCAGCUGCCCAAUUUAACUUCACUGGACGGACAACCGUUGGCAAGAGGGCGGCGCAGCAACGCAGACGGCGCAGACGACGAUGAGGGGGAGGCUGACGGUGAAUCACCGCGCGCCAGACCAGGGAGGAAUGAUCGUGACCUUGCCUCGAUAAGGGUCACGACUGACCGACAGUCAGAUGACGAUGACGACGGAUAUGACACGCCCAGCAAAUGAAUGUUUAGAAGUAUUUUUAGGCUCUUUAAAUUCAAUCUCAAGUAUUUUAUCACUUCUUAAAUUUUCUAUACAAUGCAAGAAAGAGCCGAGCCCUGCGCGCGAGAACAAAUCAAAUAUUAUUAUCAUUUCUUGGGCUACUUGAGACUUUCAUUUUUAUGUGGCUAUAGUACGAGUGUUUGCUCUCGGCUUGAGAAGUUGUGCUUUAAGAAUUAUAUUUGUCUAGCUCUCCUAGGAUGGACACAAGAGAAACUUCAAGAUCUUAGGCAUUGUUGUUAUAGUGACUAAAAAGUAUUAAUAAAAAAUGGAAAAUCGUC